AUGAGUUUCGACCCUUACUUCUCCUCUUCCUAUAAGAGGUGGUAUGUGGAGAGCAGCCCCCGGGUAACCUCACGGGGCCGAUCCCAUACCAUGUACCCCAGCCACUCCUCCCCGAUCUCCGCUGUGGCGACUCGUCUGCAUUAUGCGUCUCCAGGCCGGAUGAGCGGCCCAGUCCGCUCCGUGGAGAUGGACCUCACUCAGGCUGCCCAGGUGAGCUCUGAAUUCAGGGCAGUUCGCACCCAGGAGAAAGCCCAGCUGCAGGAGCUGAAUGACCGAUUUGCUGGUUUCAUUGAGCGCGUGCACGAGCUGGAACAACAGAACCGGGCUUUGGAGGCUGAGCUGUUGCUGCUGAGGCAGAGGCAUGGAGAACCAUCCCGCCUUCGGGGACUGUAUGAGCAGGAGGUCCGCUCCCUGAGGGCUGCUGUUGAGGAGGCGAGGCUGGAGAAACAAGCUGCCCUCAGCCAGAAAGAACACAUGGAAGAGGCUUUGAGGACACUGCAGGGCCAUUACGAAGAGGAAGUAUUGGCUCGUGAGGAGGCAGAGGGAAGGCUUCUCGACGGCCGUAAGGAGGCAGAUGAAAUCGCCCUGUCCCGGGUGGAGCUUGAGAAGAAGGUGGAGACGUUGCUAGAAGAAUUGGCCUUCCUCAAGAAGAUCCAUGAGGGGGAGAUCUCAGAGCUGCAGGCCCAGAUCCAGUACGGCGCACAGCUCGCUGUGGAGACGGAGUCCGCCAAACCAGACCUGUCCAGUGCCUUGCGAGACAUCCGAGCCCAGUAUGAGAGACUCGCGGCCCGGAACAUGCAAGCCGCUGAGGAGUGGUUCCGUGGAAAAGUGGGGCAUCUGACAGAAAGCGUGGCCCAGCACAGCGACGCGGUGAAGAACUCAAAAGACGAGGUUCUAGAGUACCGCCGUCAACUUCAGGCCCGCAUUCUGGAGAUUGAUGCCUGCCGAGGUCUAAACGAGUCCCUUGAGAAGCAGCUGAGAGACAUGGAAGAGAAGCAGAGUGCUGAGGUUGCAGCCAUGCAGGAAACUAUUAGCCAGUUGGAGGAUGAACUUGGAGCAACCAAGAGCGAGAUGGCACGAUAUUUAAAAGAGUACCAAGACCUCCUUAAUGUCAAGAUGGCUCUUGACAUUGAAAUUGCUGCAUACAGGAAACUCCUUGAGGGGGAGGAGUCUCGUUUCAACGUAGGUGUGUCAUUGGGCGUGCCCAGUGCUUACUCUCAUGGCUUGCCCGGUGCUACUACCUUUGCCCGCCCCAUGUUUCCUCUACAGCCUGGCCUGAGCUCUGCUGCCCCCUAUCUGCUCAGCUCUCGUCUGAUCAGCACAACCUUCUUAGCGGAUGAAAUCAUCACCGCUGGCCAAGAACAGCAAGUUGAGGCUAGUCCAGCAGAGGAGGAAAAAGAAGAGAAGGUAGAAGAAGAGGAAAAGGAGGAGCAGAAAGAGGAGGAAGAGAAAGAAGAGGAGAAAGAGGAAGAAAAGGAGGAAGAAGAGGAGGAAGAAAAAGAAGCACAGGAGGGUGAAGAAGGUGGUGAGGAAGAGGAAGAAAAGGAGGUUGGAGCCGAAGCUGAGGAGGAGAAAGAGGGAGAGGAGGAAGAGGGUAAAGAAGGUGCAGAGGAGGAUGCAGACAAAGAAGGAGUGGAGAAAGAGGGUGAGGACAAGGAGGGAGAGGAGGAAGCAGUUGCAGAGAAAGAGGGAGAGGAGGAAGCAGGGGAGAAAGAUGAAAUAAAGGGGGAGGAGCAAGCAGAAACUGAAACAGAUACAGUUAAAGAUAAGGAGGAUACUGAGCCAGCCAAAACGAAGGAAAAGGAGAAAGCAGAAGCUAAGCCAGAAAAAGAAAAAGCAGAACCCGAGACAGAAAAAGACAAGGCAGAACCUGAAGCAAAGGACAAAGUCAAGGCAGAAGCAGAGACAAAGGAAAAAGAGAAAGCAAAACCCGAGACAGAUACAGAGAAAGCAGAACCUGAAGCAAAGGACUCAGCCAAGGUGGAACCUGAGAAAAAAGAAAAAGAUAAAGCAGAACCUGAGAAAAAGGAAAAAGACAAGACAGUCAAAGGCAAAGACAAAGGUGAGGAGUCCAAAACUGUGGAGAAGGAAAGCACUAAAAAAGAAACAAAGAAAGAUGACACAGAAAAACCUAAAGGAAAAAAGUAA